CUCGCGGCUGCGGUGAACUCCGGUGGGCGCCCUGCUGGUUGUGCAGGCGGCCAUGGAGUCCUUGCGGAAAAUGCUGAUCACAGUCGCAGUGCUGGGCGCAGGGGCUGGCGUGGGCUUCGCGCUCCUUGCUAUCGUGACCCCCGGAGAGCAGCGGAAGCAGGAAAUGCUAAAGGAGAUGCCACUGCAGGACCCGCGGAGCAGGGAGGAGAUGGCCAAGACCCAGCAGCUAUUGGUGGCCACUCUGCAGGAGGCAGCGACCACACAGGAGAACGUGGCCUGGAGGAAGAACUGGAUGGUUAGCGAAGGCGGCGCCGGCGGGAGGUCACCGUGAGACCGGACUUGACCCUGUGGGCGCUGGGACCUUGGCUCGGGCGCAGGAAUCCGAUGCAGGCUUUCUCCUUCGUGGGCCCAGCGGGGAGUCCGGCCGAGAUGCCAUGCCCAGGCCUCUCCAGGGUCCUGUGAGCUGCCGUCGGGUGAGCACGUUCCCCCCAAACCCUGGACUGAUUGCUUUAAAGUCCGCAAAGCGGGCCAG